UAUCUCCCCUAGUAAGAUUGAAUAUCACUAUGGAUAGCGAAGAAGAAGGACUCCAAUUCUUAGGAUUCUUUGGAAUCUAUAGAGAAGCUUACAAUAUUAUAACUUCACGUAGGAAAAUCUUUUCACAGAUCACUUUAGCUUUUGUUCUUCCUCUUUCUUUCAUUUAUUUAGCUCAAACCAAAAUUUCCGACUUGUUCUUCCCAAAGAUGAUGCAUAACCAAGAGAAGGAACUGCUUACAUUCUUCGCCUAUUUUCGUUUAUCAUCGGAAUUCACUGCUUUUUUGAUAUUCAAGGUCAUGUACCUUAUCUUCCUUCUUGUUCUUUCGCUUUUCUCUACUUCUGCCAUUGUUUAUACCGUUGCGUGUGCCUAUACUACGAAAGAAAUCACUUUUGUCAAAGUUGCGAGUGUUGUUCCCACGGUUUGGAAGAGACUUAUGAUUACUUUCUUAUGGACAUCUAUCGUCAUGUUUCUAUACAACUUCUUUACAAUGAUAAUACUAUUUUUUCUAGUUGUUCCAGUUAGUCUAUCCCAUGGUGGCCGUACCCCUGCUGCCAUCGAUAUUCUUUCUAAUAUAGUGGUCAUCAUUUGGGCAAUCGGGUUCGUUUACGUUAGCGUAAUAUGGCACUUGGCUAGUGUAGUAUCGGUACUCGAAGAGAGCUAUGGCUAUAAAGCAUUUUUAAAGAGCAAAGCUUUGAUAAAGGGUCUGAUGGGCAAAGUCAUUUUGGGACUUUUCUGUUUCUCGUUGCUGUCUAUUUUGAUUAGCUUUGCUCUUGUGAUCCAAACUGUUGUGUACUUCGUAUGCAAAUCAUACCAUCAUGAGAACAUCGAUAAAUCUUGCUUAGACGAACAUUUGGAUGCGUAUAAUCUAGGAGAUUAUGUUCCAUUGAUUAAAGACAAGGAUAUUCAAUUAGAACAGUCGUCUGAGGUUUGAUUUAAUCACCUCCCUAAUGGUUUUAUACUUGUUGGACAGUGUUCCUACGCCAUUCUCUCUUGUAACUUUUACACACAUUAUUACGAGGCUC